AUGUAGUUUACCAAUUUGGAAGAAUAUUUAACUACUAGAAUGCAGGAGAUGUCUAAGUUUUAUAAUCAACUAAAUAUCCCAAUAUAUGAUGAAAUAAAGUAUAAUGUUUAAGUUAAGGAAUAACAAUCAGAUAUUAGAAGUUAAAAACAUUUUGAAUAAAAGCAAGAAGCUUCAUAGAGUUCAUUUAUGAAUGAAUUUACAGAAGAAAAUUAUAAUCACCUAAAUCAACAUGCAGACAUCUUCGAUGAAAUACCAAUAAAAGGAGCAUAAAAGCCAUUUGAAUAAUUAUUACAAGAUCAGGGAAUUGUGUAAUAGGAGAAAAAAGAUAAGAAGGAAUUUCUAAAGAAGGGAACUAGAUAAUUCUUGUCCAAUGCAUAAACGAGAUCUGAAUUAUCAAGGAGGGAACAUUAGGAGAUCUUGAAAAUGAAUAAUGAAAAUGCAGUAGAGUAAUAAUAACCAAAGAAAUUGCCAGUUCAUUUUUUAUAGAAAGGUAAGGGAAAGCAAUGCACUCAAAAAGCAAAUGAUUCAAUAUUGGAUCAUACUAAAAAUGAUGAAAGCAUAAUCUAAUAGGAUGAUGAUAAAAAUGAAUCAAAAAAAGAGAGAUAAUUAUUGGAAUAACAAAAAAAGGAAUUAUAAAGAUUGAAAAUUCAAUAAUAGAAAUAAUUAGAAUAAGAGAAAUAGGAAUUUGAAAAAUGGAAGGAAGAGGAAAAGAAAAAAAUCGAGAGAAUAACAAAAAAGCACUAUACUAUUCAAUAGCAAAGAUAACAAUAACUAACAACAAAACAAUUGGAAGAAUUAGAUUUCCUUAGAAAAAGAGUGGCAUAAUAAAAUGAAGAAAUAAAGGAACUAAAAUUGUAAUUGGAGAAAUCACAGUAACAAAUCUAAUAAUAAAUGAGCAAUAGUCAAACAACAAGCACUCAUAAUAUCAAUAAAUUAAUUGCUUAAUCAUCCCCUCCACAAAGUAAUUAUUCUACCAAAGCAUCUAUUGCUUCAGAAAAUAAAGCAAAUUCUUAUGCCGUGAUGCACAAUAAAUAAGUUUGCAUCAAUGAGGAAGAGGAAUUUGAAUCUUAGAAUGGAGAGGAUCAAAAUAGUUAUUAAAAUGGAGAUAGUUAUGAAUAAGAGAAAAUUAAGAUUGAUUUAAUUUAGUUAAAAAGCUAACCAAUAAUUUCAAUAGAUAUAAUUAAUGAUUUGAUAGAUGAAUCAGAAUUCGAAUUUCAAAAUAACAAAUACUAUGGAUAAUAUUUAGAUUAUUUGAAAUUUGAUGACAAAGUCAUUUAAUAAAAUCAAUCAGCAGAUGGGAAGAUUUCAAGAACAUAUUAAAGUGGCAAAAAGGAAGUCGUUUUCAACAAUGGAGUUAAAAGAGAAGUUUUUACUAAUGGGUUUACCAUUGUUCAUUUUACAAAUAAUGACAAAAAGCAAACUCUGCCUGAUGGAACUAUAGUUUACUAUUUUGGUCAAGCUAAAACUACUUAAAUUACUAUUCAAAAUGGACCCCAAAUCUAUCGAUUUUUGAAUAAUUAAAUAGAAAUUCACUUCUAAAAUGGCGAGAAAUAGAUUAGAUUCGCUGAUGGAACCAAAAAGUAUAUAUAUCCUAAUGGAGAAGAAGAGACUUUGUUUAGUGAUGGUAUAUUCUAAAAGGUGGAUGUAAAUAAGGUUAAAUACAUUGAAUAUCCUGAUGGUAAAAUUGAGAUUACCUAUCCGGAUGGCAGAAUAGAAAAUUAAUCUCCUAAAAAAUAAAAUUAUUGA